AAUUGAUUGCUGUACACAGGAGUUAGACCUUUAAUUUUUAACGUUACACCGUGCUCAUCAUUCCAACACAGGGUAUAAUUCAUAAUUCAAAAAGGAGGUAUAAUGGCCCAGACAGGGUUGACAAAUGAAGAGGUGGCUAAAGCCUGUCAACAACCAGAUGAAGCAACAAAGGACUUCUUUUUCCAACAAACCAUGUUGCGUGUGAAAGAUCCCAAGAGAUCACUUGAAUUCUACACAAAGGUCAUGGGAAUGAGGCUGUUGAAGAAGUUUGAUUUUCCUGCCAUGUCCUUCUCUCUCUACUUCAUGGGUUACGACAAAGCAGAAAACAUUCCCCAGGAUGAGACAGAAAGAACUCGCUAUGCCUUCCAACAGAAAGCCACUUUAGAACUAACACAUAAUUGGGGAACAGAGAAUGACCCUGAACAAUCUUAUCACAAUGGAAACAGUGACCCUAGAGGAUUUGGUCAUAUUGGCAUUGUGGUUCCGGACGUAGAUAAAGCUUGUGAACGAUUUGAAUCUUUAGGUGUGGAGUUUGUGAAAAAACCGAAUGAUGGAAAAAUGAAAGGACUGGCUUUCAUUAAAGACCCAGAUGGAUACUGGAUUGAAAUUCUGAACCCCAUCAAUAUGUCCUCCAUCUCUUGAAAUGUAAUGGUCCAGCAGUAUAAAUAAUUGCAGAAUUUGAUCAGCACUUUAUCCUUUAUUGCUCCAUGAAUAAUAUUCUUUGAAUUCUUUCGGACUUUGUGUAUGCAACCUGAAAUUGCUAAUACAAGUACAUUGUACUGUAUAUCUACAUGUGUUACACAUUCUAUAGUCUGUUCCAAGAUAUUUAUGCUGCACAUUUGGAUGAUUUUAAUAAAAAUACACAUACCUGUAAACGAAGUCAUUUGAAAUCGUCGAAAAGGAAAAUUUUCAAGAUAACUUCAUUCACACAUUAUCAUUUUUAAAAUUAUAAAAAUUCACAGGAACAAGAUUUCCUAUGGAGAUUUACAAUAGGGAAUGUUAACAUCUUUUCUCCAUGAGAAAGUCGCUUGGAAUACCUUGCACAAUUUUUCAAUGUUAUCAUCUGGGUACCUUCAUCUCUUUAGCAAUGGAAAAUUCCCAUAGACCUUUUUUUUUAGCCAUGUACCUGAUAAGCUAGAGGGGGCGUUUCAAAGGGGAAAUCUUGGGAUUUUUUCAUACUGUUGAAUGAACAGCAUCUGCACCAAGAGGUAUUCAUAAAUACAUGUACUGAAUAAUUUAAGAAAAUAUGCGGCAAAAAUAUCUUUGGAUAGACUAUAACAGAAAUGCCAAAGCUGUAAUUUAUAACCCAGUAUUUAUGUGUGCAAAGCUUGUUUAGGAGACGUACGUUAAUUGCCGUUGAUAUACCAAUUUUUCAAAAAAAAAUUUUUAUAUAAGAAUGGGUUGUAUAAGAAUUUAAGGUACUUCACUACACCGAGACUUAUACUUUUUAAGACACUACGUCACAAGAUGGCGAUUUAAAUGUUUUGUUAAACUGUUUGUAUCAAUCGAUUCAGAUGUAUAUUGUCAUAGCUCAGUGGUUAAAGUAUCAGACUUGUGAACCGCAGGUCAUGAGUUCAAAUCCACCUGGGUCUUUUGUUUAUGUUUACUGAAUGAAAUUUUUGAAAACAUCAUUUUUUAUCUAAAAUUGUACAUUUUUUCGCCUAUUUGACAUACAUACUUCUUAUCCAUCAUGCUUUCCAUCAGAAUCAAGUAAUUUUCUGCUGAUUUGAGAAACUAUUUCACGGUGUAGUGAGGCACCUUAAAGUUGCUACCAAUUUUUUAAUGCAUAAAUUGUGUGUGUAGAAGUAAAUUGUAAUUUAAAGCUAAAAAAAGAAAUACACAUACCUAAUUUUUCUAAACUGAAUAACAAUUUCAUGGUUAAUUUGUUAAUUGUUAAUCAACUAUGCAAUUGAAUUAACAGAUUAAGCAUGUUAAGUGUGAUUUUGUUGAUGGUCUUUUUUUUCAUUAAAGUGUUUAAAUUAUGACUUUAUUGAUCAAGGUUUGGAUUAUGUUAUCGUUAAUUAGAUCAGAAACAAAUGCAUUUAAUUGAAAUUUGAUUUACACUCAAGUCUUCCACAGCAUUUAAAACAUGUGUAAUCAAUUUAACAGUACAGAUCAUAAUUGUGUGAACAUUUUAAACGAUGUGUUUUGUGAAAUAAAAUGAUUUUACUAAUGAAA